AUGCCCCUUCACUCUUUUAUUCGCAAUGACAAGACCAUUAUUGCACCGAACGCCUCUCUUCGUCGCGUCAUAAACCGUCAUACGAAAGAUUCUCUACUCAAUGUUAUUCAUAAAUGGUUACAGGAUCCUAUAACACGUUCAAAAUUAAUUGCACUUUAUGAAGACGAGGAUAAACUUAACGAUACCAACGAUACCAAUAUUCAACAACUAGUAGAACGACUUUUAUUUCAUUAUGAAAAACUUUCGAGUUCUGGAAGUAAAAAGAAAAUAGUUGAUAAAGUAUUUCUUGAAGAUUGGAAAGAUGGAUUAAACUAUAAACAAGUGGCUCAACUAGAUAUGAAAUAUUAUCAUGAUCACUCUAGCCUCAAACAUUGGAAAGCUUUGAAAUUAUGCUGGGAAGAUGGCAUGACUCAAGAAAAAAGAAUUUCGAAAGACUUCAGAGCUUCAUUCAACACUUUCGAUACAACUCUCACCAUUUUUCAAAGCUCAUUUGAAAAAAAUUGGUGGAUACGUAUUAGUAUUCACGAUGGAAUUCCACCGAAUGUUCUUCCUAUUAGUACAAAUAUCAUUUACGUUAUUUAUUUUACCAACUCUGAACAUUUAUUAUGUAGUAAUAUUAAACGUGAGCACAAGGAAUUUAUAAUGCAGGGGCUUUUGAAAACCUUUGUAUGCAAUGAAAUUGAAGAGUGGGAUUUGAAAGGCAAAUAUGUGGAUUCUCUUGAAAAGCUAUUAUUACAUCGACAAUCUCAGGGAACUUACAGCCGUUAUCGAUUAAAUCAAGUCGAUGAUAAUCCAUUAUUACUUCCUUCAAAAAAGUUGAAGAAAGAUGAUACGCAGAAAAACAACGAUAAAUCUGAAGCUAUGUUGGAUGAUGAUGACACAACACUUUUGACAAAGAGAGAUGCUACAGUUGAUGAUAAUUUCGGACCGAACGAACAACCAUCACUUGAUGUUGUUGAAAUUAAGUUAUCAUUUCCUUUAAACAAUGAUCAAUUGAACAAUUCGAUACCAUUAUCCGCAACAGUUUUGUUUGAGGGGACCAAUGUAAUUGAAGGAUUAAAGAAAAUGAUUACAGCAGGAAUCGCCGAACCUCCAUUGCCUGCUUACUUGGUUGAUUUACAUAGUAAUGGAAAAAAUUAUAUAGAAGUUGAUGAAAAUAAUGUUGUAAUAGGAUAA